UCCUGUGGGCUAAUACAUCUCCUUUCUUCUUGUUUCAGAAAAGUUCGCUUGGGAGCCAGUCCAUAUGCAUGCAGAAAAUGGAAGGUGAUCUCAGAGAGAAAGGGUGGGAAUCAGGUUGAAAUCAAACAGCGAGUCGUUACUAUUGCUGGGAAAACAAAGACUGUGAGCACCCUUGUGAUUCAAGCAGCAAAUGUGUCUGCUUUGUACAGAUGUAUGGCUACUAACAGAGCUGGAUCAAGUGAAAGAGUUAUCUCCUUUCACGUGACCAGAGGUCUUGAAAUUAAUCUCCAGCCUCGGAGUCAACUGACAGAGAAGGAUAACACGUCCUUACAGUGCACAGCUGAUAAAUUCACAUUUGAGAAGCUAUCGUGGUAUAAACUCAGUGCUCACACCUCACAGACACCCUUUGGAGGGCUGCCCAUGCCUGUUUGCAAGAACCUUGAUGCUCUUCAGAAGCUGAAUGCAACUAUUUCAAAUACCAAUGGUGAAAAUGUCACCUUAGAACUCAUCCUCCGUAACAUCUCCCUCCAGGAUGGAGGCGACUAUGUUUGCAUUGCUCAGGACAAAAAGGCUAAAACACAGCACUGCCUGGUGAAGCACCUCACUGUUCAAGAGCCCAUGGCACCCACACUUGUGGGAAAUUUGGAAAAUCAAACAACAAACAUUGGUGAAACGAUAGAAGUGUCAUGCACAGUAAAUGGCAUUCCUCCUCCAAACAUCACGUGGUUUAAAAAUAGUGAAAUGCUUUUUGAAGAUUCAGGUAUUGUUUUGAAAGAUGGAAACAAAACACUAACAAUACGUAGAGUGAGGAAAGAAGAUGGUGGGCUGUACACCUGCCUUGCCUGCAAUAUUCUUGGAUGCAAAAAAGCAGAGGCUUUUUUUUCAGUGCAAGGCGCUGAAGAGAAAACAAAUCUGGAGCUCAUUAUCCUUGUUGGCACUGCAGUCAUUGCCAUGUUCUUCUGGUUGCUUCUUGUAAUCAUCCUUCGGACCGUUAAGCGGGCCAAUGGAGGUGACAUGAAGACUGGGUACUUGUCAAUCAUCAUGGAUCCUGAUGAAGUCCCCAUAGAUGAGCACUGCGAGCGGCUUCCAUAUGAUGCCAGCAAGUGGGAGUUUCCCAGAGACCGACUGAAGCUAGGUAAACCUCUUGGGCGUGGAGCUUUUGGCCAAGUCAUAGAAGCUGAUGCCUUUGGGAUUGACAAAACUGCUACCUGCAGAACUGUGGCAGUCAAAAUGCUUAAAGAGGGUGCAACCCACAGUGAGCACAGAGCACUUAUGUCCGAGCUGAAGAUCCUCAUUCACAUUGGUCAUCAUCUCAACGUUGUCAAUUUACUUGGAGCCUGCACAAAGCCAGGAGGUGAGUAACUUUUCAGUGAGUGGGAAAGUACUAACAAAACGCCUAUUUC